UGCCAUUUUGGUUUUGUUCCGUGCUCUGUAGCGAAACCCGAAAGGCUGCGAGUGCGGGGCGCAGGGCGGACCACAGUGACUCGGCAGGAUAGCGAGGGGGUGCUUUUUCCUCACAGCGUCUCCUAACGCAGCGGGACCGUCGCGCUUUGUCGCCUCUCCCUUUUCUCCCCCUCGCCGUAAUCUCAUCCACCUGCCCGCGAUUAUUCGCUCUGUCGACGUUUGAAGUUUGUUUCGCACGAGGGAGCGGUUUGCCGACACUGAGGGAGAGUGGACAGAGAAGGGUUAUUGAUGUCCAGCUCGCCGCUGUCCAAGAAGCGUCGCGUGUCCGGAUCAGAGACGAAGACGGGAUCCCACUGCUCCUCCUCAAACUCUGUCAGAACUGAACUAUCCCACACACCAGCUAACGGCAUGGCUAAGAAUGGAAAUGAUGCUGAAAUUGAUGAGGGCCUGUACUCCAGACAGCUGUACGUACUGGGCCAUGAUGCAAUGAAACGCAUGCAGAGCUCCAAUGUGCUGAUCUCAGGACUGCGCGGCCUUGGUGUGGAGAUUGCUAAGAAUGUCAUUCUGGGUGGAGUUAAGACCGUUACUCUGCAUGACCAGGGUGUUGCUGAGUGGAAUGACCUCUCCUCACAGUUUUACCUGCGUGAAGAAGACCUUGGAAAGAAUCGUGCUGAGGUCAGUCAAACGCGCCUGGCAGAACUUAACAGCUAUGUGCCUGUGACUGCCUACACUGGAGAGCUCACAGAUGACUACUUGACAAAUUUUCAGGUGGUUGUGCUGACCUCUUCCACGAUUGAUGAGCAAACGCGCAUUGGUGAAUUCUGCCACAGCAAAGGCAUCAAACUGAUCAUUGCUGACACACGUGGACUGUUUGGGCAACUUUUCUGUGAUUUUGGCGAAGAGAUGAUCGUAUAUGACACCAAUGGAGAGCAGCCAUUAAGUGCCAUGAUCUCCAUGAUCACCAAGGACGGCGCUGGUGUGGUGACCUGUCUCGAUGAGGCGAGGCACGGCUUUGAGAGUGGAGACUUUGUCACCUUCACUGAGGUUCAGGGUAUGACUGAACUGAAUAACUGCCAGCCAGUUGAAAUCAAAGCCCUUGGGCCCUACACCUUUAGUAUCUGUGACACCACAUCUUUCUCUGACUAUGUGAGAGGGGGUAUUGUGACGCAGGUCAAGAUGCCUAAGAAAAUUGCCUUUAAAUCUUUUCCCUCCUCGUUAUCUGAGCCUGAGUUUCUGCUGACUGACUUUGCCAAGUUUGAUCGUCCUGGUCAGCUGCACGUGGGCUUCCAGGCUCUGCAUGCCUUUGAGAAGAAACACAGUCGUUCCCCCAAGCCAUGGAAUCAGUCGGACGCUGACGAGCUGGUGGCUCUGGCCAACGAGGUGAACGCAGCACAGUCUGGCUCUGCCAAGCAGGAGGAGCUGAGCGAAGGUCUGCUUAAAAAGCUCUCCUACGUAGCCGCAGGAGACCUGGCCCCGGUCAAUGCCUUCAUUGGUGGGCUCGCUGCCCAGGAGGUUAUGAAGGCGUGCACAGGCAAGUUCAUGCCCAUCAUGCAGUGGCUGUACUUUGAUGCUCUGGAGUGCUUACCUGAAGCUGAGGAAGCAGCUCCCACAGAGGAGGAGUGUGCUCCUAAAAGCUGUCGAUAUGAUGGACAGAUUGCCGUUUUUGGAUCCAAAAUGCAAGAGCUGCUAGCCAAGCAGCGCUACUUUUUGGUUGGUGCAGGAGCUAUUGGGUGUGAGCUGCUUAAGAACUUUGCUAUGAUGGGUCUGGCCAGUGGGGAGGGAGAGGUCAUUGUCACAGACAUGGACACCAUCGAAAAAUCAAACCUCAACCGUCAGUUCCUCUUCAGGCCGUGGGAUGUCACGAAGAUGAAGAGUGAGACUGCCGCUGCUGCCGUGAAACAGAUGAAUCCAUCUGUCCGCAUCACAGGCCACCAGAACCGCGUUGGGCCAGACACAGAGAAAGUCUAUGAUGAUGACUUUUUUGAGAGCUUGGAUGGAGUGGCCAAUGCCCUGGACAAUGUUGAUGCACGUAUGUAUAUGGACCGUAGGUGUGUGUACUACCGAAAGCCGUUGCUGGAGUCUGGAACUCUUGGCACUAAAGGGAAUGUACAGGUAGUCAUGCCCUUCCUAACAGAGUCCUACAGCUCCAGUCAAGAUCCCCCUGAGAAGUCCAUCCCUAUCUGCACCUUAAAGAACUUCCCCAACGCCAUUGAACACACACUCCAGUGGGCUCGUGACGAGUUUGAAGGACUUUUCAAACAGCCUGCUGAGAAUGCCAUGCAGUAUCUGACAGACCCUAAGUUUAUGGAACGCACUCUGAAGCUGCCUGGCGCCCAGCCUUUAGAAGUCCUGGAAGCAGUGUAUAAGAGUUUGGUGACAGACUGUCCGCACGGUUGGGACGACUGUGUAACCUGGGCCCGCAAUCAUUGGCAGUGCCAGUAUAACAACAACAUUCGCCAGUUGCUGCACAACUUCCCUCCUGACCAGCUCACAAGCUCUGGAGCCCCGUUCUGGUCAGGUCCCAAAAGAUGUCCUCAUCCACUAGAAUUUAGCACUAGCAAUGAUCUGCACAUGGACUACGUGUUGGCUGGGGCCAACUUGUAUGCCCAGACAUACGGCCUGCAAGGCUCUACUGACCGUGCAGCUCUGGCCAAGCUGCUGCAGGAUAUCAAAGUUCCAGAGUUCACUCCCAAAUCAGGAGUUAAAAUUCAUGUCUCCGAUCAGGAGCUGCAGAGUGCCAAUGCCUCUGUUGAUGACUCAAGACUUGAAGAACUUAAGACCCUUCUGCCUGCUGUAGAAGCUUCAAAUCAGUUCAAACUCCAAGCGAUAGACUUUGAAAAGGAUGAUGACACAAACUUCCACAUGGACUUCAUAGUAGCAGCAUCUAAUCUGAGAGCAGAGAACUAUGACAUUCCUCCAGCAGACAGACAUAAGAGCAAACUCAUUGCUGGUAAGAUCAUUCCUGCCAUAGCCACAACAACAGCUGCUGUAGUAGGCCUGGUGUGUCUGGAGCUCCUCAAGAUCGUUCAGGGCCACAAGAAGUUGGAGGCAUACAAGAACGGCUUCAUGAACCUUGCCCUGCCUUUCUUCGCUUUCUCUGAACCUAUUGCAGCUCCCAAGCAUAAGUACUAUGAAAUUGACUGGACACUAUGGGACCGCUUUGAAGUAAAGGGCAUUCAGCCAAGCGGAGAGGAGAUGACACUUCGACAGUUUCUGGACUACUUUAAGAAUGAACACAAGCUGGAGAUCACAAUGCUUUCUCAGGGUGUCUCUAUGCUUUACUCCUUCUUCAUGCCUGCUGCCAAGCUCAAAGAAAGACUGGAGCUUCCGAUGACUGAGAUUGUGACCAAGGUGUCGAAGAAGAAGCUGGGGAAACAUGUUAAAGCACUAGUGUUUGAACUCUGCUGCAAUGACCUGACUGAUGAGGAUGUGGAGGUGCCCUAUGUCAGAUACACCAUUCGCUGAGAAGACAUCCAGGGGCUUACAGGGUCAGGGGGUUUUAGGGGAGGGGGGGCACUAGGGGUUUCAAGAGGUGGAGGAAAACGAGUUGGCACUUGGAGCAAUGAGAGAGCCCAAAGUUUAAAUAAAGAUGUUGAUAAUAAAACAAAACACGGGGCUGGUUAUUGGCUCCAAAAAUCUGUGGCUUUUUUUAAACCCUGUUUGACACCAGGGGUCCGUUUUCCCACGUUUUUAAAAGUCUUAGGCCUGUUGGGCAGUGGGAUUGGUGAGUGGAAUUUGGAGAGGGAGCAGGUGAAUGGGACCUUUUGACUAACUAUUCUAUAAACUGGUUGUAAUAAAGCCUCAGUGUAUGAAUUUAUCAGUAUGCUCAUCAGCUUUCUCCCUCUGUAAAGAAAAAGAUGGCUCUCCUCUUUUUACAAGUGUUUUUUUUUUUUUUUUGUUCCUCUCCACUGCUCUCUCUCCCUUUCCCUCUGUGAUGGGCAGACUUGCUUCAUGUUUCUUUUAGCUGAUUUCUAAUAGUGACCUUAACAUGACAAACCAUUGAAUGAUGCCAAAAAAGAAAACGCAAACUGAAGAUGAAAGUUAUCACAAACAUUUGGUCUGUUUCCUUAUUUGUUGACACCAUUUGAUAAACGGCAUGAUCUCGACGUGAAGUGCUUUUCCACUAUGUGAUAGUGGCAUUUCACACAUGCUAAUAAUAAGGGAAGCUGUGGGUGUUACUACUUCUGGUCAAAGUCUCAAAGUGAGAUGGUCCCCACAUGUUGAACCCCUUCUCUACAUUGGGCCCAGUAUGGAGUGUCCUUUUGCCUCUCUGGUCUGGCUUUUUUGGGUUGGGGUUAGGGAACCUGCACAUAACUUGAGGGUGCGAUUUUUGUCUUUUUUUUUUUUUUCUUUUUUUUUAUUAUCUUAUUUUCCCCUUCCCUUUUUAGUUUCAUUAAUUUUCUUUUGGACUUGCACACACCUUGUAGAACAUAAACUCUUUAUUCUUUCUACUUUGUUAAACUCCAGAAAACAUUACAGUAAAAAAAAAAAAGUGAUUUUACUCUGUAAUGGGAGCGCUUAGUGUGAUAGUGAAUAAAGUUGUAAAAGCUU